GCGGGCUCGGGCCCGGUGUGGCUGGCCAUGGGGCCUGGGGGCUCAGCCUCCCAGCCCUGGCCGCAGUCAGAGCAGAAUUGGAGGUGGCGGCUCGUUAGGCGAAUGGGCCCAACGGAAAGUGGUCGAGGAGAGGUGCUGUGUUGAGUAUCUAAGGUUGUCUCACUGUCCAUUGUUCCUUCUUCUGAAGAAUGGCCCUGUCCAAGAGGGAGCUGGAUGAGCUGAAGCCAUGGAUUGAGAAGACAGUGAAGAGGGUAUUGGGUUUCUCAGAACCCACAGUGGUCACCGCAGCAUUAAAUUGUGUAGGAAAGGGCAUGGAUAAGAAGAAAGCAGCUGAUCACUUGAAGCCUUUUCUCGAUGAUUCUACCCUUCGGUUUGUCGACAAACUGUUUGAGGCAGUGGAGGAGGGUCGUAGUUCCAGACAUUCCAAGUCUAGUAGUGACAGGAGUAGAAAACGAGAGUUGAAGGAGGUGUUUGGUGAUGACUCAGAGAUAUCUAAGGAGUCAUCGGGGGUGAAGAAGAGGCGUAUACCAAGGUUUGAGGAGGUGGAGGAGGAGCCAGAGGUAAUUCCUGGACCACCGUCUGAAAGCCCAGGAAUGCUGACCAAAUUACAGAUCAAACAAAUGAUGGAGGCAGCCACAAGGCAGAUUGAGGAAAGGAAAAAACAGCUGAGCUUCAUUAGUCCUCCCACCCCUCAGCCAAAGACUCCUUCCUCCUCUCAACCAGAACGGCUGCCAAUUGGCAAUACUAUUCAGCCUUCUCAGGCUGCCACCUUUAUGAAUGAUGCCAUCGAAAAGGCACGGAAAGCAGCUGAACUACAAGCUCGGAUCCAGGCUCAGCUGGCACUGAAACCAGGACUUAUUGGCAAUGCCAACAUGGUUGGAUUGGCCAACCUUCAUGCUAUGGGCAUUGCUCCCCCGAAGGUGGAGCUGAAGGACCAGACAAAGCCUACACCCCUGAUCCUGGAUGAACAAGGCCGAACAGUAGAUGCUACAGGCAAAGAGAUUGAGUUGACACACCGAAUGCCAACACUAAAGGCUAACAUUCGGGCUGUGAAGCGAGAACAGUUCAAGCAGCAGCUCAAGGAAAAGCCAUCAGAGGAUAUGGAAUCCAACACAUUUUUUGAUCCCCGAGUCUCCAUUGCCCCUUCCCAGCGCCAAAGACGUACCUUUAAGUUCCAUGACAAGGGCAAAUUUGAAAAGAUUGCUCAGAGAUUACGGACAAAGGCUCAGCUAGAGAAGCUGCAGGCGGAGAUCUCACAGGCAGCCAGAAAAACUGGCAUCCAUACUUCAACCAAGUUGGCGCUCAUUGCUCCUAAAAAAGAACUAAAAGAAGGAGAGAUUCCUGAUAUUGAGUGGUGGGACUCCUACAUUAUCCCCAAUGGUUUUGACCCUACAGGGGAAGCACCCAAGAAAGAGGACUAUUUUGGGAUCACAAACCUUGUAGAGCAUCCAGCCCAGCUAAACCCUCCAGUGGACAGUGACACGCCAGUGACAUUGGGAGUGUACCUCACCAAAAAGGAACAGAAAAAACUUAGGCGUCAGACACGGAGGGAAGCUCAGAAGGAGCUACAAGAGAAAGUCAGGCUGGGUUUGAUGCCUCCUCCUGAACCCAAAGUAAGAAUUUCCAACUUGAUGAGAGUAUUAGGCACAGAAGCUGUUCAAGACCCCACAAAAGUGGAAGCCCACGUCAGAGCCCAGAUGGCAAAAAGACAGAAAGCGCAUGAAGAGGCCAAUGCUGCCCGAAAACUAACAGCAGAACAGAGAAAGGUCAAGAAAAUUAAAAAGCUAAAAGAAGACAUUUCACAGGGGGUACACAUAUCUGUAUAUAGAGUACGAAAUUUGAGCAACCCAGCCAAGAAGUUCAAGAUUGAGGCCAAUGCUGGGCAGCUGUACCUUUCAGGGGUGGUGGUGCUUCACAAGGAUGUCAACGUUGUGGUGGUAGAAGGGGGCCCUAAGGCUCAGAAAAAGUUCAAGCGUCUAAUGCUGCACCGGAUAAAGUGGGAUGAACAGACAUCUAACACGAAGGGAGAUGAUGAUGAUGAGUCUGAUGAGGAGGCUGUGAAAAAAACCAACAAGUGUGCAUUGGUCUGGGAGGGUACAGCCAAAGAUCGGAGCUUUGGAGAAAUGAAGUUCAAACAGUGCCCCACAGAGAACAUGGCCAGAGAGCAUUUCAAAAAGCAUGGGGCUGAACAUUACUGGGACCUUGCACUGAGUGAGUCCGUGUUGGAGUCCACCGACUGAGACAACUACAGUCCCCACCCAUUCCUCUCCACUGCCUUUGUCCCUCCAGCUUUCCUUUAUUCCUCCAUCCCAACCUCUCUGUGUGUCUGUGUGUGCACACGUGUGUGCACACGUGUGAGAGAGAUCUCCAAAAACUACCAGGCAGAGCUGUGGGACUGCGGGAGAACCGCUGCUCUGUUCCCAGUCAGUCUGGUGCUGCCUUCCUUUUUCCCUUUCUGUGCAUAUGAUUAAAGAAUUAUUUUUAAACCUGG